AUUUGCGCCAUUUUAAGAGGAAUUAAUGGUGUUUUGGAAGGAAAGAAAAAAAACAUUCGUUGCGAUCUUAUUUAUAGAAAACAAAAUGGUGGUCUCGCAUCGUGAAAGUAAUAUAUCAUCAAACAUACGUGCGAUAAUCGAACAAUUGAAUUUAAAUCCGGUCGAAGGAAGAAGAUUGAUAGAUCGAACUAAAGAAGAUAAUACGGUUAGAUGUAAAAAUUAUCAAGGGAUCCAAUCGAGUGUCCCCAAGAUCACAAUAGGUGUUUACGGUUGUAAAGAAAGGAUCGAUUACGAGUUACCUGGUUCAAUAAGAUCUAAUAAUUAUAAGAUCGAUGAUCGAUCUAGAUCUAAAUUACCGGAAGGGAGACAGAAAAUCCCUUUGGUUCCUCAACGAAGUCAUUGCAAAAAGAAGGAGAACGUGUACCGUAGGCACAGCACCUGCAACCGGUUUCGAACGAUCGCGGUUAAGUGACUUGACGGCAACCGUUAUACCGUUAUAACACACACAUACAUAUACACCCAUA